UGUAAGAAAUUCGCUUGUCACUUUUUUUUGUGUCUGCGUGCCGUGGUCCUUCUUGUUAUCAUUGACAGUGUUGCACAUGUUAUUCCCUUUUAGUGUGACACAAUGGCCACACAACGUGCACUUCCUCAGAGUAAAGAAGCGUUAUUGAAAUCAUACACGACGAGGUUAAAAGACGACGUGAAGUCCAUGCUGGAAAAUUUCGAAGAGAUAAUUAAACUCGCAAAAGGAGAAAAUGAUUCUCAACUAUCUCGAAUGACACAAUGCGAGCAAGAUACAUAUGAAAUGCAUGUUAGAGCAGCUAAUAUUGUGCGUGCUGGCGAAUCAUUAAUGAAAUUAGUCUCUGAUAUAAAACAAUAUUUAAUUCUGAAUGAUUUUCCAUCUGUAAAUGACGCCAUAAUACAAAACGGCAAAUUAUUUAGGACUAAGCAAGUAGAAUGUGAUCAAAAAUUGGCUUCCCUGAGGGAUGAUAUGGCUGCGGAUUUAUACGAUCUGGAAGAGGAAUAUUAUACUUCCAUAUACAAAUAACACUAGUUUAAGUUUAAGCUUAAUUUAAUGCUAGUCCUGUAAUAUAUUUGAGACUGUUUUCUAAA